UUUAACUAAUCCUGUUUUAGUCUGGCUCAUAUUACCUCAGUUUAGAUUAGUUAAACACAUUUUAGUAAAUCUUUGCUCGGUUUUCAUCAAAGAUAAAAAAAUGAUCAAGAAAUAAAACUACAAAAUCACAGAAGUGCCAAUUAAACAAUCAGUAAAUACAACUACAACAAUUUGAGUGCAGUAGAUCACAGAUGGUUAACUCAAACUGGACCCACAUGUUUGAUUCCCAUCCUGUAUUUAAUGCAGGUAUGCAACAACUCUUGGUUUUUAUCUUAAUAAAAACAUAAGUACUGUUUGUCCAGUAUUCCUGGGAUCUGGUGAACAAAAAUGGUCCCGAGCAAAAUUCUGAAGUUACCUUAAAAGUUUGGCCUCCAGUGGUCACCAAGGUCGUCUCCUAUCCGUCUUACAGCGAUUUUCACACGACCACAUCCUAUGAUAAACUGCAUCACCCAUGUUCUCCCUUUGGUUGCUGGGAGACCAUGUUUAGAGAACAGAUUGCGUCCUGAAGUUGAUUAAAUUUCCGCAGUUGGAGCAUAUUAAGCAUCGUCUUGAGUUUCGACUAAACAGUCUGACUCCUGAAACUGAAGCCAGCGGUCGCAGGGAUGGAGAGUUUGGAUUUUCGACCUUGAUCAAGCUUCUCUGAAAACGUGUCCCUGAUCUGAGCAGCCGCCAUGUUUUACAGUCGCCUGCUGCUUUCUGUCUACAUCCUCACCUUCCUGUUUGGGGUCCCUGCCAACAUCCUGUCCUUCAUCACCCUCUGCCGGAAGGUGUUUCGCAAGGGGGUGCCCAUCGAUGUCCUCCUCCUCAACCUCACCAUCUCAGACCUAAUUUUUCUGGCCUUCCUGCCAUUUAAAAUGAAAGAGGCGUACGACAACAUGGCGUGGCUGCUGCCCUACUCACUGUGUCCACUGACUGGGUUUAUCUUCUACGUCACCAUCUACAACAGCACGCUGCUGCUCACAGCUGUGAGCGUGGAGCGUUACCUGGGCGUGGCCUUCCCCCUCAGAUAUUCUGUGUGCCGCCGGCCUCGCUACGCUAUGUGGGCCUGCUUUACCUUCUGGGUGUUGACCUCCUGCAACCUCAGCAUCGUCUACGUCCUGCCGUACUCUCAGUGGAGUUACGGCAGCAACACCAGCAGUCCUGUCCAACCUCCACCCACCUGCUACUUGAAUUUCUCAAAGGCUGAGCUCGAAAUCCUGCUGCCUGUUCGUCUGGAGCUCUUCCUUGUGCUCUUCUGCAUCCCCUUCAUCAUCAGCUGCUUCUGCUAUGUCAACUUCAUCCUCAUCUUGUCCCGCCUUCCCAGCAUCAGCCGGAGAAGGAGGCUGCGAUGCAUUGGCCUGGCACUCGGGACGCUGAUAGUGUUCACCGUCUGCUUUGUGCCUUACAACGCUUCCCACGUGGUGGGCUUCGCCCAACAGGAGAGCCAGGAGUGGAGGAACCUGGCGCUGCUCUCCAGCACCCUCAACGCCUGCCUGGAUCCAUUUAUCUUCUACCUGUCAUCAGCAGCAGUCAGGAGCAUGCUAAACCGCUGCUUCAGGAGGAUCACGGCCAAGAUGCACAUUCUGGGGUGUGCGCAUCCUGGAACUCCUCACCGUCUUCAACACCAACUGUCGAGGUGUGAAAAUUACAAGGCAGAAGCUCCACCCUGAAGAACCUGACACAAUUUACACAUUUAUAGCUUUAAAGAAUGUCGUUCAUGAUAAAGAUGUGGAUAAAGUGAAGCUCCUGAGAGCGAUCUUCUGCAGGCUGUUCUUAACCCAGUAACCUUCCAGUAUGAGCAGUUGAUUUUGUUUGUGCUGAUUCUGCUUUUCUAAGCAGCAAAUCCAAAGCUGAGACUGAGUGAUCCUCUGUUCUAGGACUGCACGGUACUAAGAAAACAUGCCAUACGCAACACUGUUGGUGAAUGCUGCGACAUAACGACAUGAGUUGCUAUAAAUAAACAGAUAAUUCAAGUUUUAAUGUCUGUCUGCUGUGGGUUCAUGGCAAACAUCAACCCAAGGUUAUGAGUUGUUUGGAAAAAUACUGGAAAAAUAAUUAAAUUUGAUGUUUUAGAACCAAAAGUUUCAUUGAAAAAGUUGCUUCU